AUGAUAAUCCCUACAGAAGAUGCAUACGCUGAACUAUCCAAAAGAGUCUAUUACAGUCCCUACUACAACAAUGACAGCAAUUGGUACCGGUAUAGAUGGUUAUUAUGGCUUUUGAUUUUAAUCCCCAUUUUAGUAUUCAUGAUUAUGUUUUGUGUGAGACGUAGAAGAUCAACUGCUAAUGUUUAUUACCCGCAACAACAGAACCAACAAUACUACGAAAGCCACCCUUCGCAAUCGUAUGUUCCACCGGAAAACCCUCAGACUUACCAAACUGGUGGUUACAACAACUACGGAAAUCAAGGCUAUGCAGGAACCUAUGAACCAAGUGGGAGUCAACAGGGUUAUGGAGGGUAUGGUCCAAGUGGAGGUCAACAACAACAGCCCUACUAUUCAAGGGAACAAGAGUUUGAUGUUGCUGGUGAAGACUAUUCUCGACCUGCAGGACCACCUCCAGCACACACAAAAGCCUAG